AUGUACUCCGACGAUAGUUCAUCCGAUGCGAAACCUUCCACCGGCAACGAAGUUUCUUCUUCAACGGCCAAGGAAUCUGCUUCAGAUCCUUCAUCAUCAGAAGCGAACAUUCCCAAUCCCAAUGUCGACGAAACUUCUUCUUCAGCCAGCUUGAAAGCUACUUCUUCAGCAGCCGCGGAAUCUUCAGAUCCUUCAUCAGAACCAAACGUUCCCUAUGCCCAACAGCUUCAAAGGCCCUCGAUAAGUUCUGGAGGUAGCUCAGAAGACGACACUGGUCCCUCAGGGUUAACGAGUGAUGAAUUGAUUUUUAAGGCUUUAGAAACAGUCUAUGAAGAUGGAACUGGUCUUGAUGCAGAUGCGAUUUUCAAAAUUGUCGAAGAAAAUUUCGACGUAUUGGAUGAUUUUAGGGAGCAGAUGGAAGACCAGCUGGGAGAUCUACUUGCUGAAGGCGAAAUACAAAAGAUAGGAAACCGCUACAGGAUCCGCCCUGGUUAUUUUGAUGCUCCAAAGCCAAUACAAACCACGAGUGCAGGAGAUUCGACGAGUGCGCCAACAGACACACCGAGUACUUCUUCUGCUUCGGUACCAAAAGCACCAGAAGGAAAUCCUCAGAUAGACGCAGCGUUAAAAGAAGUCGCAGAGGCAGAGCAGUUGGAGUUGAAAGCACGAGAGGCACAAGAACUUGCCGAUAAACACGCCCACUUGCUAAAGUUUGAAAGCAACGUAAUCCUGAACUUAGCCGAAGAGAUCCGUAACCGAUGUUUUAAUGGUCAAAAGGUUUUCUUGCGGUAAAAGCUUCAUCUUCUGGUCCGGCUCAAUGUGGAUGCAUUCAAUGAGCG